CUGACUUCUGAGGAACACUUGUCUUGCUGUGGUAUCCUUUAUCUAAUAAGCAUCAAUGCUGCUUCUUCUGCCCCUGCUCUUCGAGGGAAUUCUCUGUCAUGGGCCAGGCACGAAGGCUGCCCACAUUCUAGGACUCCAUCAUCCAGCAGCAGAAGAACCCCCCGCCUUUUACUUGCUCCAGACCUCUUCCUUUGCCAACCACAGCUGGCAGCACACCCAGUCCUCAGCCUGGGUGGGCGAGCUGCAGACUCAUCGCUGGGACAAUGAUAUGGGCACCAUCGUCUUUCUGCGGCCCUGGUCUCAGGGUAAUUUUAGCGAGGAGGAGUUGAAGCACCUCCAGGCGCUAUUGCAGUUGUAUUUCCAUAGUUUUCCCAGCCAAGUGCAGGAGCUUUCCAGUCAGUUUCAGUUAAAAUAUCCCUUUGAGAUUCAGGUAUUAUCCGGCUGUAGAUUGCACCCUGGGAAGGCCUCAGAAAGCUUUUUAAAUGCGGCAUAUCAAGGAUCAGAUUUCCUGAGUUUCCAAGACAAUUCCUGGAAGCCAUCUCCAGGAGCAGGGAGUCUGGCUCAGAACGUCUGUAAGCUGCUUAAUCACUACCGAGUUAUUAAAGAAAUUAUGAAGAGAAUUCUCCGUGACACGUGCCCGCAAUUUCUGGCAGGCCUCCUUGAAGCAGGGAAGUCAGAACUGGAACGCCAAGUGAAGCCAGAGGCUUGGGUGUCCAAAGGCCCAAGUCCUGGUCCUGGGCGUUUGCUGUUGGUGUGUCAUGUAUCUGGCUUCUUUCCAAAAUCUGUGUGGGUGAGGUGGAUGCGAGGUCAACAAGAGCUGCCGGGCACUCAGCAAGGUGAAGUCUUGCCCAAUGCCGACACAACAUGGUACCUUCGAGUAACCCUGAAUGUGGCAGCUGGAGAGGCGACUGGCCUGACUUGCCGAGUGAAACACAGCAGCCUAAGAGGCCAUGAUAUAAUCAUCCACUGGGAUGGGUACCCCAUCUUCCUCAUAUUGAUCUGUUUGGCUGUACUACUUACCCUGGUUAUGUUGGUUGUGGCUGACUCAUGGAUUAAAAAGCAGAGCUCAAAUGUGAACAUUUGUUCUCUCCACGGGCUCCGCUUAAAUGUUCCCACAAAAGUCAACAUCCAAGAAGCCAGGAAUUUAGGGCAUCAACUCUGCUUGGCACAGAAAUCAUGGAUGAAAAACAGUUUCUUGAAUAAAUGUAAAAUAAGUCUAAGCAAACUCCGAUGA